AUGCAGACAAGAAACCCGGGAGAAAGAAAACAUUACGGCCACUCCAACAUACACAGACGUUCGAAGGCAAAAUCUAUCUAUCUAUCUAUCUAUCUAUCUAUCUAUCUAUCUAUCACAGUCUGUUUCUAUCUAUCUAUCUAUCUAUCUAUCUAUCUAUCUAUCUAUCCCAGUCUGUUCAUUAUCUAUCUAUCUAUCUAUCUAUCUAUCUAUCUAUCUAUCUAUCUAUCUAAGAAGAAAGGAAAAAGAAGGAAAGGCAUAUUCAAUUCUAUCUAUCUAUCAAUCAGGUAUUGUUCGUAUCUCUGUCUAUCUAUCUAUCUAUCUAUCUAUCUAUCUAUCUAUCUAUCUAUCUAUCACUGUUACUUCAAAUCUAUCUAUCUCUCUUUAUCUAUCUCUCUCUAUCUCUCUCUCUCUCUCUCUAUCUAUCACAGUUCAAUUCUAUCUAUCUAUCAAUCAGGUAUUGUUCGUAUCUCUGUCUAUCUAUCUAUCUAUCUAUCUAUCUAUCUAUCUAUCUAUCACUGUUACUUCAAAUCUAUCUAUCUCUCUUUAUCUAUCUCUCUCUAUCUCUCUCUCUCUCUAUCUAUCACAGUUCAAUUCUAUCUAUUUAUCAAUCAGGUAUUGUUCGUAUCUCUGUCUAUCUAUCUAUCUAUCUAUCUAUCUAUCUAUCUAUCUAUCUCAGUCACUUCAUAUCUAUCUAUCUAUCUAUCUAUCUAUCUAUCUCAGUCACUUCAUAUCUAUCUAUCUAUCUAUCUAUCUAUCUAUCUAUCUCUGAUCAUAUCCAUAUCUAUCUAUCUAUCUAUCUAUCUAUCUAUCUAUCUAUCUAUCACUGUUACUUCAAAUCUAUCUAUCUCGCAGUUUUUCUUAAAUCUAUCAAUCUAUCUAUAUAAUGUACUUCCUAUCUAUCUAUCUAUCUAUCUAUCUAUCUAUCUAUCUAUCUAUCUAGCAGUUUUUCUUCAAAUCUAUCAAUCUAUCUAUAUAAUAUACUUCCUAUCUAUCUAUCUAUCUAUCUAUCUAUCUAGCACAGUUUUUCUUCAAAUCUAUCAAUCUAUCUAUAUAAUAUACUUCCUAUCUAUCUAUCUAUCUAUCUAUCUAUCUAGCAGUUUUUCUUCAAAUCUAUCAAUCUAUCUAUAUAAUAUACUUCCUAUCUAUCUAUCUAUCUAUCUAUCUAUCUAUCUAUCUAUCUAUCUAGCAGUUUUUCUUCAAAUCUAUCAAUCUAUCUAUAUAAUAUACUUCCUAUCUAUCUAUCUAUCUAUCUAUCUAUCUAUCUAUCUAUCUAGCAGUUUUUCUUCAAAUUUAUCAAUCUAUCUAUAUAAUGUACUUCAUAUCUAUCUAUCUAUCUAUCUAGCAGUUUUUCUUCAAAUCUAUCAAUCUAUCUAUAUAAUGUACUUCCUAUCUAUCUAUCUAUCUAUCUAUCUAUCUAUCUAUCUAGCAGUUUUUCUUCAAAUCUAUCAAUCUAUCUAUAUAAUGUACUUCCUAUCUAUCUAUCUAUCUAUCUAUCUAUCUAUCUAUCUAUCUAGCAGUUUUUCUUCAAAUCUAUCAAUCUAUCUAUAUAAUGUACUUCCUAUCUAUCUAUCUAGCAACUUCCUAUCUAUCGAUCUAUCACUAUUUCUUCAAAUCUAUCUAUCUAUCUAUCUAUCUAUCUAUCUAUCUAUCUAUUUUAAUAUUUUCUUAUCUAUUACAGUUCAAAUCUAUCUAUCUAUCACUAUUUAUUCAAAUCUAUCUAUUACAGUUCAAAUCUAUCUAUCUAUCACUAUUUAUUCAAAUCUCUCUAUUUCAGUUCAAAUCUAUCUAUCUAUGCAUGUAUGUAUUUUAGUCUUUUCUUAUGUAUCACUGUUCAAAUCUAUCUAUCACUGUUUCUUCAAAUCUAUCUAUCUAUCUAUCUAUCUAUCUAAAUAUCUAUCACUGUUUCUUGAAAUCUAUCGAUGUAGCUGUCUAUCGAUCUAA